AUGGACGCCCAGCCUCUUGCCCACAAGUCCACGACCCGUUUGGCGGCCGGCCCGUACCACGGCCAUCCACUCGACCCUCCCACCGCCCAGGAGAUCACCGCCACCACCUCGACCUUCCGCGUCUGGCUCGCCGAGCAUGGCGUCAAGGCCUUCAAGAUCGUCACGGUCCUCCUCAAGGAACCGCCCAAGGCCUCGGUCAUCGCCGCCGUUGGAUGGCCCGGAGGCUACCCGGCUGUGCCCAAUCCACCGGCUCUAGAGCGCGUCAUGGAGGUUCACGCCAUCGACGUCGUCAAGGGCGAGGCCUACGAGGCCCUCGUCCGCCUCGACGGGCCCGAGCCCCAGGUCAAAGACGUCCGGAAGCUCGACAAGGGCGUCCAGCCCAGCAUCACGCCAGAGGAGCUCUGCCUCGCCGAAAAGAAGAUCCGGAAGGACGAGCGCGUCGUCAAGCUGGCCGCCGAGGUCGGCAUCGAACCCGAGCAGAUCUUUGCAGACGGCUGGACCAUUGGCUGGGACAAGCGCUUUGGAGACCGGCGCGUCCAGCAGUGUUUGCUCUACGCCCGCCUCAAUGAGCACGACAAUCUCUACGCGCACCCGCUCGACUUCCAGCCCAUCCUCGACUGCAACAGCGACGGCGGCGUCAUCGCCAUCGACUUCCCACAGCACCGCAAUACGCCCGAUGGCAAGCUGUCAAGCGGAACCACGGCGCCGCCGGAGAGCAUCUCGUUCGAGGCGCCCGCGUCGCGUCAGAGGAUCCCACCGCCGCUCGAGCCAUUCGAGUACCUCCCGGACCUGAGCAAGCAGGAGAUGCGCACCGACCUCAAACCGAUUCACGUCACCCAGCCGCAGGGCGUCAGCUUCAAGCGAAGUGGGAACGUGCUCGAAUGGUCCAACUACAAGCUCCACGUAGGCUUCAGCCCACGCGAGGGCAUCGUGCUCUCGACUAUCUCGUACAUGGACGCCGAUCGACCGGGCGCGUCGAUCGCACAGCCAGAGGAGCGACCCAUCAUCUACAAGAUGACCCUGGGCGACAUGGUGGUGCCCUACGGCGAACCGGCCUGGCCCCACUACCGCAAGUUUGCCUUCGACGUGUCCGAGUACUCGAUCGGCUACCUGGCCAACUCGCUCUCGCUCGGCUGCGACUGCCUGGGCUCGAUCGAGUACAUGGACGGCAUCGUGGCCAAGCACGACGGCUCGGCCGAGGUCAUCAAGAACGCCAUCUGCAUCCACGAGGAGGACACGGGCCUGCUGUGGAAGCACACCGACUACCGCGAGGGCGGGCGGGCCCACGCGGUGCGCGGCCGCAAGCUCGUCAUCUCGAUGAUCUGCACCGUGGCCAACUACGAGUACGGCAUCUACUGGAACCUGCACACCGACGGCAACAUCGAGUGCGAAAUCAAGCUGACGGGCAUCCUCAACCUCUACGUGCUGGGUCAGGGCGAGCGCCCGGCGGGCUUCGGCACCGAGGUCAUGCCCCGCGUCAACGCCCACUACCACCAGCACCUCUUCUCCCUCUACGUCGACCCGCACAUUGACGGUCCCAACAACAGCGUCGUCGAGCAGUCGAUCGAGGCGCUGCCGGAGCCGACGGGCUCGAACGAAAACUUUGCGGGCAAUGGGUUCACCGCCAAGAAGCGCGUGCUGCGCACGUCGAAGGAGGCGGUGCGCGACGCGUGCGCCAGCGAGGAGAGGAGCUGGACGUUCAUCAACCCGAGCCAGCACCACUAUGCCAGCGGGCAGCCGGUGGGCUACAAGGUCGUCUGCCCCAACCUGCCUCCGAUGUACGCCAAGCAGGACUCAUUUGUCGCCCGGCGGGCUCCCUUUGCCAAGCACCACUUCUGGACGAUCCCCUACGCCGAGGGCCGCCGCUAUCCGGCGGGCAAGUACGUGCCGCAGACGCCCGACGCUCCCGACGACUCGCUCCAGAACUGGGCCAACGAGGACGGCAACAUCGCCGACACGGACCUCGUCUCGUUCAUCACGUUUGGCACGACGCAUAUCCCGCGCCCUGAAGAUGCGCCUGUGAUGCCAGCAGAGACGGUGCGGUGCAUCCUCAAGCCCGUCGGCUUCUUCCGUCAGAACCCGGCGUUGACGAUCCCCAGCACCCAGGACGCCAAGUCGGUCGCGGCCCAAGCGGCGGCGUCGGCUGGAUCCGAUGACUGCUGCCAGAAGGGGAGGCUCUAA